UUCUUCCCUCCUGGCUUCCCUCCUACUUUCCCUUCUGCCUCCCUCCCUGCUGCUGGAUGUGAGGUUGGGCUGGGGAUCUCUGACAGCCCCUCUCCCUGCAGCCCGGCCACUGGCAGCAGCAUGGAGAGAGGACCCUGGCAUCCCGCCUGCUGCCCUGUGCCCCCACGGUGGUGCCAGGCCGCGUCCAGACCGGUUGGGGUGCCCCGGUGCUGUCCGUGACCCCGUGCCCAUGGAGAGGAUGAGCUGGCUGAGCAAGCUGACCCCACGGGCGGGUGGGCAGCGAGCCCCCCGCAGUGCCAGCCUGCAGCCCCCCGUCACCGCUGACCCUGAGACCUGCCUCAUGGUCUUCAAGAACCACUGGGCACAGGUGCUGCGGAUCCUGGAGCGGCGCGGGAGCAAACCAGCCCCUGAUGACCUCAGCGCUGUCCGCAACAACACCUACCAGAUGCUGAACCUGCUGGCUGAGGACCGGCCCUGGGGGGACGGGGACAAGGACAGGUCACAGGGGGACGGGGACAUGGCCUGCGGGCCCAUCCUGGAGUUUGUGGCUGCUGAGAACCUUCUGGAGCGGCUCCUGUGUUGGCAUCUGCAGGGUGACUUCACCGAGGAGAGGAAGGUGGAGCAGCUGAAGCUGUAUGAGAUGCUGAUCAGCCAGGCCCGGCAGCCCCUGCUGCGGCACAAGCCGGUGCUGACGCCGCUGCUGCGCCUGCUCAGCGUGUGCGCUGAGCCCGCCUCGGCCCCGCUCGAGAACAGCCUGGUACUGCUGCUCAACCAGCUCUGCGUCUCCGUGGCCCGCGAGCCGGCCAUCCUGGAGCUCUUCUUCCACAGCCACACGGACCAGGGCCCCGCCAACCUCAUCAUCUUCUCGCUCCUCAUCCCCUUCAUCCACCACGAGGGCGCGCGGGGCCAGCAGGCGCGUGACGCGCUGCUGCUCAUCAUGGCCAUGUCGGCCAGCAACCGCGCCGUGGCACAGUCCAUCACCGACAACUCCUACUUCUGCCCGGUGCUGGCCACGGGCCUGAGCGCCCUGUACUCCUCCCUGCCCCGCAAGAUCGAGGUGCGAGGAGAUGACUGGCACUUCCUGCGGCGGGAGGACUGGAUCGGCGUCUCCUCCCUCGUCCUCUUCAUGAACUCGCUGGAGUUCUGCAAUGCCGUCAUCCAGGUCGCCCACCCACUGGUGCAGAAGCAGUUGGUGGAUUACGUCCACAACGGGUUCCUCGUGCCCGUCAUGGGGCCGGCGCUGCACAAGACCUCGGUGGAGGAGAUGAUUGCGAGCACGGCGUACCUGGACCUGUUCCUGCGCAGCGUCAGCGAGACAGCGCUGCUGAAAACCUUCCUGCGCUUCGUGCUGCUGCACCGGCACGACAACACAACCAUCCUGGACACGCUGGUGGGCCGCAUCAACAGCAACUCCCGGCUGUGCAUGGUGUCCCUGAGCCUCUUCCGGACCCUGCUCAGCCUCAACUGCGAGGAUGUGAUGCUGCAGCUGGUGCUCAGGUACCUGCUGCCCUGCAGCCACGUGAUGCUGAGCCAGAAGCGGGCAGUGCGGGACCUGGACAUCUACGGGAAGACAGCGGCCAAGUUCCUGUCCCUCAUCCCACGCUGCUGCCGGCCCGAGAGCCCCCCACCCCCCCACGACAGGGACGAGGAGCCCCCGUCCCGGGCCAGGGGUAUGCCACUGCGGCCCCUCAGAGCCCCUCCCCGCCAUCCCCACCAAGCCCUCUCCCUGCAUCCCUGCAGCCCGUCUGACUCCUUUCCUACCCUUGGCACUGAGCUGUCCCACGCCCCCGCGGCACCGAAGCCCUCCACGCCGUCCCGCCUCUCCUUCUUCAUGCGCCAGGCCAGCGCGGCCCCCGCCGAGGCUGCUGGCCCCCGCUCGCCCGGGCCCCCCGCAGGCAGCCCCCCCCGGCCCGGCCCCCGUGACGAGGUGGCAGAGCUGGACAGGAACUACCUGGAAUACCUGCGGGACGCGCGGCGCAGCAUCGACCGCUGCGCCUGGGCCUGCCGCGUCUGGUCGGCCCCCUACGACGGCGAGGACCCCCGAGCCCCCGGCCCCACGCCCGACCCCGACAGCCCCCCGGCGCGGCCCCCCGGGCCCCCCACGCCACGGACUAAGAAGCGGGGGCUGCCCGAGGAGGGAGCACGGGAGGCGCCGGGGGGGCCCCUCGGGGGUGACGAGCCCGGCGCUGGGGGGCCUGGCCCCGAGCCCCGGGAUGGGGGGACACUGAUGAACGGGGCACACGGGGCGGCUGAGCCCGCGCGGCCGGAGGGGGAUGUGGUGGUGAAGAAGGUCCGUCGGAGCCCCCAGGGCGAGGGGGAGGGCGGCGGGGGGGCACCGAACGGGGCGCCUCGGGCACAGCCCCCUGGCUGGGAGCCUCUGUCCUCGGUGGACUCGCUGUUGGAGGAGCUGCUAGCCCGCGUGCCCGCCGAGCCCCCCGGAGCCGGCGUCUCCAUCGAGACCUUCACGGAGGAGCUGCGCGAGAUUGAGGCUGAGAUGCAGAACGGUGGCGUGGGAGGGGCCCCAGCCACCCCCACGGAGCCCCCCGAGCCACCCUUGUCCCAUGAGGAGGAGGAGGCCUUUGCCAGCUUCACUGCACUGCCCGAGGGGGACGGAGGCACCGGGCGAGCGCCGCCACGGCCCCCAGACCCCCUGGCACAAGUGGUGGCCAGCCCGCCGCGGGCGGUGGGGCCACCCCCCAGCCAGCCCUUCACAGGCCCCUUCGUGUCGGUGCUGUUUGGGAAGCUGGAGAACAUGCCCCACAACUCACUGUAUGUCAACUUCCUGCUGACGGGGCUGGUGGCCCAGCUGGCCUGCUACCCCCAGCCUCUGCUCCGCUCCUUCCUGCUCAACACCAACAUGGUCUUCCAGCCCAGUGUCAAGUCCCUGCUCCAGGUGCUGGGCUCGGUGAAGAACAAGAUCGAGAGCUUUGCUGCCACUCAAGAGGAUUUCCCAGCACUGCUCUUCAAGGCCAAGAAGUACCUGAUUGCCCGGGGGCGGCUGGACUGGGCAGAGGGGCCCGGGGCUGUCCCUGCCCUGCGGCGCACGGACACCCUGGCCCGCAGCCGGAAGCCGUCCCUGGGGGAGCUGCUGCUGCGCCACGCCAACAGCCCGACCCGCGCGCGGCACGCGGCACAGCUGGCCCUGCAGGGGCUGCGGGACGGGGGGCUGCACCCCCUGGCCCCCCCGGCACGGCACGGCGAGGCCCUGCGUGUGCGCAACGCCGUCUACUGCGCCGUCAUCUUCAGCGAGUUCCUCAAGGAGCUGGCGGCCAUCGCCCAGGCGCACGCCGUCACCUCCCCCUUCCUCACCGAGCCCCCCGAGGAGUGACCCCCGCGCCCCCUUUUUAACCCCGGACUCGGACCUUUUUAAUUUAUUGGGGCGGGGCUGGGCCGAGGCCGGGCUGCACUUUGGACA